AUGGCAGAGGGAGUUCACGGAGGAAGAUCGAUUGAUCCACCCUACCGGCCUUCAAUGGCUACGUAUGAUUACAGGAGUUCAGAGCAGAGAUCUGAAGAUCAGAGGAUUCCCUCGCGAUUUUCAAUGGUAAAUGAAGCCCUCCGUUCGUCAGCACGAACGAUUGCCUCUCCAUUCACUGACGAGAUCUUGAACGCUCCGAAUUUGAGGAAAUUUUCUAUGCCAGUAUUCAUUCUAUUUGAUGGAACAAUUGAUCUGAUCAAUCACAUUUACCACAUUCAACUAAAAAUGGCUCUGAACACGGAGACUGAUCAUUUGAUGUGCAAGUGCUUCCCUACAAGUUUGGCCAGGCUAGCGCUCAAUUGGUUCAAGAAUUUAGCCAAGAGCUCAAUCGCUAGCUUUCAAGAUUUAUGCGACAAGUUCAUAAGCCAGUAUUAUGGGAAUAAGCUCCCGACCAAGGAUGUUUCAAGCCUCUUUAUAAUGAAGCAGCAUGAAGAUAGGAAGCUCCAAGUUUUCCUCACCAAGUUUAACCUUGUCAAGAGCAUGGUAAUGGAAUGUCAUCCAUCCAAGGCGGUUCAAGCAUUCAAGCUGGCCAUGAAUCGAGGGACACCGUUCCACACAAGCCUAGUGGUGAAUACUCCGAAGACCAUGGAUAAGCUGAACAAAAGAGCUAACGGAUUCGUGCAUCUGGAAGAAGAGGAGGCAUCUAAUGCGAGAAAGACAUUGAUUAUAUUAACAGAUGAGAAAUCUAAGCCAAGAUCCGACAGAAACAAGCUUAGGCGCAACGUCAAACUUCCUGAAAAGCAGAAAAGAGGCCGAGGGAAGAAGAACUGGUCACCCCACUCAAGGUCACCUUAG